AAAAGAUUUUAUGGAACACUGUCCGCUUGUUAAACCAAUACGGAGUUUCCAAUUGGAUAAAAUGAUGGGCUUUUGGUUUAUUGUGGAGUAUUAUUCAAGCAGUGAAAUGACUUCAGAGUAUAAAUGCAUGCAAGGUGAACUCAAAAUAACUGACGCUAAGGAAAUAAUCAUGAACUUCACAUAUAGUUACGUUUAUGAUUUAGAUGACGAACUUUUAAGUGGCAACAUCACAUGGCGGAUUCCAAACUACCACGACCCAUCCCAUUGGAUACACACAGAAGAAGUUUAUGAAGGCGUUUAUAAUACUUACGUUAUCGAUUCGGAUUAUGACAAUUGGGCACUUAUAAUGCAUUGUGCAGAGAAGAAGAAAUCUUCGAGAUAUCUUUCAGCAUUCAUGUUAAGUCGAACGGAAUUUCUUGGACAUAAUGUUAAAGCAUUUCUAAGAGAAAAGCUUCCCCAAUAUAAUAUUGAUCUCGAUUAUAUGUUUGAAGUCAGACAUGACGAGUGUAAAAGUGGCAUUACAAGCAUGAAGGAAUAUUACGAAUAUGUGCUUAAGAAUAAGGCAAGUGGAGAGAUUGAUGAUGCUUAGAUUGAAGGAAUGAAUUAAAAAAGUGUCAGAAAAAAUGAUACUUUCUAAGAUUACAUCUCGAUUAUGUAAAUAUUUCAAAUUCAUAUGUAAACGUACUUAUUAACCCAUUUGAAAUUUAAAUAAAUUAAUGAA